ACACCAUAAUGAUGAUGACGACAAUGAUGGUUUGUGAUGAAGCAGGGCAGCAACAACGCCGGGUACCAGCGGUAGCGACCAGGCAGUGGAUGAGCAGCGGCCUAUGAAAGGCAGCAUCGGCCCAUGUGACGUGUGACGUCCCGAGCCAGUGGUUGUAAAGGAGAAUUCGAGGGAAGUAUCUCGCUGUUGCUGUUGCCGCUGACUGGAGAAUCUUCCGUGGCUUCCUGACAACCGUUUCAAGGAAGUCCAUUCGCCAUCGUACCAGCGACUUUUCUCCGCGACGAACCGAGCCGUGAUGUCGGGCGAACAGACGGGAGGACCGGAGGCGAUGAACGUAUACUCCGUAACCCUCAUCGGCCCAGCGCCGUGGGGCUUCAGGCUGCAGGGUGGAAAGGACUUCAGCAUGCCCCUCACCGUGUCAAGGCUGACCCCAGGAGGCAAGGCCGCUCAGGCUGGUGUCGGUGUAGGUGACUGGGUGGUGUCCAUCAGCGACUCCAAUGCGGAGGACAUGACUCACGUGGAGGCACAAAACACGAUCAGAGCUGUGACGGACUCCCUCACCCUCAUACAAAGCAAAGCUUUCAAAUCAGGUGAAGACCAGAAGGACUCACUUGCUCCGGCUUCUGUUCAACCAAAGUACUCCUUUGCCCCCAGCACGAGCAUUAACAAGAUGGCGAGGCCAUUUACAGCAGGUGGUGUUAGUGGCAACGCAGGACCCGCUAUUAAACCUGUUGCCUACUCGCCCAAACUUAGCAGUCCGCACUCACAGGGCAGUGCUGAUCUGCAGCAGCCACACAAUGGUCUUGAGCCGACGCCUUCACCUGCCAGAGCCCAGGCAGCAGACAAACCAGACGGUUCAAAGACUGCAGCAGUGCCCAGCAGCUCAGGCCCCUCCUGUCGGCCACCGUGGGUCACCGAUCCUGAGUUCGCCACCCGCUUCCGACCAGACAAGACCAGCACUGUUAUAACCCAGCACCAGCAGCCGGUCCAGCCGACGCCCAUGCAGAAUCGGAGCUCCAUCCUGCAGGCGGCGCAGCAGGCCCCCGAAGACGGCAGCAGGACCCCGGUGUGCGGCGCCUGCAACAAAAUCAUCAGGGGUCGUUACCUGGUGGCGCUGGGCCGUUCUUGGCACCCCGAGGAAUUCACCUGCUCGCAGUGUAAAGUCGUUCUGGACGAGGGAGGCUUCUUUGAGGAGAGAGGCGCCGUCUUCUGCACCAAGUGCUACGAUAACAGAUACGCUCCGAACUGUGCCAAGUGCAAAAAGAAGAUCACGGGGGAAAUCAUGCACGCCCUGAAGAUGACCUACCACGUGCAGUGUUUCAAGUGUGCAGCCUGCAAGAUGCCCAUCAGGAACCAGGCUUUUUACAUGGAGGAGGGGGAGCCCUACUGUGAGAGAGACUAUGAGACAAUGUUUGGCACCAAAUGUCAUGGCUGUGACUUCAAGAUUGAUGCGGGGGAUCGGUUCCUGGAGGCCCUGGGCUACAGCUGGCAUGAUACGUGCUUCGUCUGUGCUCUCUGCCAAAUCAACCUGGAGGGGAAGACGUUCUACUCCAAGAAGGAUAAGCCCCUGUGUAAAGGCCACGCUUUUGCUCCAGUGUGAGAGAGCGAGCUCCAUCUUCAGACGGUGGAACACUUCUCUCUCACUCUCUCGCCCUUUCACCUCCUUCUAAAACUCCUCCAACCUGCAGGAAACUCAUACUCUCUCUCUGUCUACUCUAUGCGAACACCACGCCUUGUAAACUUGGACUGUUUUUUUAAGUCAGUUUUCAUCUAUCCUGCAGACUUAUUUCAUUUCUUUAUUUCAGCUUCACAUGAUGUUACAUUGGUGUGCUGUCAGGAAAAUUCAGAUGUUACCAUCUGGGAUACCAAAUGCUGAGUUGUGUAACUGGAAGUAUUUGAAGACACAUUUUACGCUGCGUCACUAAACUGUUGACUGUGUGGACUGUGUAUUGGCUCCAUUUCAUCUGAGCUAAAAACACCAUGUCCUGGUUCAGUCUCAAGUUAGAACUUCUAAACCAGAAGGUUCAGCAAGCCUCUAACGAUGACACACAGCAGUGAUGAAUCAUCACUGCUGCACUAUAGCGAAGAGCUAGCUCUGUGUAGCGCCACGGCCCACUCACUGACAGUAACCACAGAGACUUUUAUUUUAAUGUGGACUCAGCAGAGCAGAAAUGAGAAACCCUGGUUCUCUGCUUGCCCGGAGAUCCGUGAUGAAAAAGGCGCACAGAGUUUAACUUGUCACUUCGGCUUUGGAAAGUCUGAGCAUGUACUUCAGGUACUAAGUGUGUAACAUCCAUUAAAAUACUCAGCUAUGUCCAUUUCUGUUGUUAAAAUUCAGAAAAAUGUACUUGUUUGGUACGUCACCUUUUGAUCAUAAAAUUUCUCAUUAAAUUAGGGUAUUUAGUGAUCAGUUUCCAAAAAAAUUUUUAUGUAAAAUAUUUUGUGAAAAUGUGAACUUUUCGUGGCAUUUCUGGUCAUAAACGAAAGAAUUUUGAUGAAAUUAAUUUUCAAAAUGUUAUCUUUUCCUGCAUGUAUCUCAUAAAAUUAGGGCAUUUAAAUAACAUUUAAAAAAAAA